GGCUGCAGUUCAAGCCAUUUCCGGGUGGCCCUGGUAGCCCGUGACAGAGCAUGUACGAGAGUCUCCGUAUGCCUUUACUCAUCGGAGACUGGGAUAUGGAGCAACAUCAAAUCACUGCAGCUGAAAUUUUUACCUCUGGAACGAGCCAGUACUUUGAUUGGGAAUUCUAUUUGCUGGUUACUUCCGGUGCAUCCUCAAAAUGUCAUACUUGAGUUUGAUCUGGAUAAGCACACCCUAGCUAUGACAGAGCUGCCAGCACCUGUAGAACCCUAUAAAAAGUUAUGGAUUGUGCCGGCCGAAGAUGGUGGGCUUGGCUUCAUCCAUCUCUCACAAUUUCACGCCAAAUUAUGGAAGAGAAAGCCUGAUUCUAAUGGUUUGGAUGUUUGGGUGCUCAAUAGAGCUAUUGAGUUUGAGGAGCUCAGACCAACUUGCAUUGGACACCCUCUCGCUUUAGUGGGGUUUGCCGAGGCGAGUAAUGCAGUCCUUGUACAGACAGAUUCUGGUGUCUUCAUGGUUUAUCUCCAGUCAACGGGGUUUAAGAAACUUUCCAAUCUGAGUGUCUUCUGUCUCCAUUAUCCAUUUGAAUAUUUCUAUCCUGCAGGUACUGGCACUGGUGAUGGACAUGGUGGAGAUGAGGUGUUGAACAAUAUAUGAGAUGGUUGUCUGAUGAGACAUGCUAGUAUGAUGCGAUGACUGAUAAGGUGGACGUAACAUUAUCGGUUGGAGGUGUCCAUGGGGAUAUCUAUAGUAUUUUAGUAUUUGUUGGU